AUGAUGAUGGUAAAUGCUGAACCCUUAACAUCCACAAUAUUAAGCACCAACACCCAACGAAAUAUUCCCUUCGUUGCCCUUAUUCAGGACGACAAUGUACGGAAUGAAAUGGAAAAGGAGAGUCGAGUAUUCACUUUGGCACAUGAGAAUAAUUUGCUUCAUGAUACAAAGAGAUUGAGUGAGUUGAUGAACCGAAGAGAAAUGGCUAAAAGUGUUCGAGCCACCAUGAAGAAGAGAUAUAGCAACGCCUCCUGCUUGCGACGAGAGGAUUCUCUCUCAGACGCGAUUUCAAAUCAAAACCAACCUCUGGAAUUUGUUUCCUCACUUUCGGAGCCUAAUUCUCAAUUCAUUGUCAAAUUUAAACCAUUCCAUCCUCAAGAAGAAGAGGCCAAACUCAAAAACAACAAGGCCCAACAACAGCUUUCAUUAUAUAUUAAGGCUGGACAUGCACUAGGGUAUGCCGAUACGUUCGCACUGGUUUCAAGAACUUCCGAUCUCGUCAGACAUGUCGGGCAAGAUGCCACUCAAAACAUUGAAUACAUCUCAGAGAUGGAGCCAAGGUUCAAGAGCGACUUGAACUUUGCCAAGAUCCAAGAACUUGCAAUGAAUCAAACUCGUCUUCAUCAGGAUUCCCCAAGACUAGCUAGUGGAGAAAAUGAACCAUUCCCAAAACACAUGCAAGUCAUUGUCACUCUUCUUCCAUCUAUUGACGCUGUGAUUGAUGAGUUGGAGCUAGAAGAGGCCACAAUGGUGGCACAAGAGUUGAAAUCUUUGUUAGGUCCCUAUUUUGAAAAGAAGGCCAUUUCCCACUUCAAUUUGGUGGACAAGGAGAGAAUUGAGAUUUCUUUCUCGCCUCUCGAGGCUUUUGAAAUUAGUGAGUUGCUCAAAUCAAAUCCUCACGUACAUUUCAUUGAGAGAAAACCUUUCUUCGGACUGUUGAACAUGCGGGCAAGUUCCAUGAUGCAAUCCACAGGGCCUCAUCCAUCCGUGGCCAUGUCGUCCACUCCAUUUUAUGACCUAGGAGUACUGGGAUCGAAUCAAAUUGUAGCCGUCUCAGAUACUGGAAUUGAUUGGGAUAGUUGCUUAUUUUACGACUCUUCCAAUCCAACCAUCACAGUCAAUACUCUUAAUACAAAGCAUCGAAAAAUUGUGGAGUAUGACACAGUUGUUGUGUCGCAAGGAAGCACGACCUAUAAAAGUGACAACAAGGAUGGAGUGGAUGGUCAUGGAACACAUGUUACAGCCUCAAUCUGUGGCUCCAUUCAAAAUUUAAAGCACAACGAUACCUCCAACCCAGUGAACAAGUAUCACGGAAUAGCUCCAAAUGCCAAACUCUAUUUCAUCGAUAUUCAACAAACUGGACAAUCACAACUAUUAAUACCCACUACAGUGAGUGCAAUUUUUAUGCCAGCCUAUUACUCUAACGCAAGAAUCUUUUCCAACUCUUGGGGAAGUGGACCAGACUUGAUCUUUAGCUGUUCCUAUGACUGUCAAAAUUGCCGUUGGAAAAUUGAUAUCGAUGGUUUCAAGGCUGGUGACUCUAUUACCAACAAUCAAUGCAAAGAGUUGUUUGGAGUGGACACUUGUUGCUCCAUCUACAACAAGUACAAUUCUCAGUGCAAAGAUAUCGACACCACACUAUGGAAAAAUCAAGACGCUAUUGCUCUCUUUGCUCAAGGCAAUUCUGGAGCUAUUUCUUCAAGAUCGAACGUUGGUUCUCCUGCUGUUUCCAAGAACAUUGUUGCUGUUGGAGCGAGCAUGACCUCCAAUCUUGCCUUGGAAGAAUCUGUUCAGUACGAGGACUUUUUGCUCAAGAUUAAAGAAGCAGGCUUGUCAUUUGCUUCGGAGAGUGAAUGUUGUGCCUACACAGGAACCAAUCAAGAUGCAGUCCAUAACUAUUGCUGUGCAAGUAAGAUGAAAUCCAAGUACACCUCAAACUCUAACAUUUACAAUGAGAAUAAUUUAGCCUACUUUAGUAGCAGAGGACCAGCCUGUGGAAAUCGAAUUAAACCUGACGUCGUUGGAAUUGGACAAAGCAUUGUAUCUGCUCACUCUGACGGAGAUCUCAACACUUUUCAAUGCAGUGCUGGACUCUCUCCAAUACAAGGAAAUUCAGCGGCCUUAAUGACCAACGCAGGUACAAGCAUGGCUACUCCACUUGUUGCUGGUGCUACUGCUCUCCUUCGAGAAUAUUUUCAAACCUAUCAUUCUAUUCCAAAUCCAAGUGGACCUCUGUUAAAGGCAGCAUUGAUCCAUAGUUCCAUACCAUUGGAGGGAUCAGUUGCCAAGAGCUAUGAUGAGUCUUCCAGAAUCCCUCUGGGAGGACUUGGUCGUCCAAAUUCAUACGAAGGUUUUGGGAGAGUGUUCAUUGGAAAUCUACUCAAGAAUAGCGAUGGAACGUCUGUAAGGCUAUCAGUUUUUGAGUCUAUUUUCAAUAUUUCAACUGAAAGUUACAAAUUAUGUUUCAAGCGAAGAGAGCAAUCAACCAUGUCGAAUUCCUCACCAGCAUUUAAGGCAACUCUAACAUGGUAUGAUUAUCCUGGAAGUGUCAGCGUCGUUCCCAAUCUUAUUCAUGACCUCAACUUGUUUAUCAACGUUUUCAAUCUCGAAGGUGGCAAUAAGAUUUCCAAUCUUGAUGUUGCAGCUGGUAAUUUCAUCACCAAAGUAGAUUCCACAAACAAUGUCGAGAAGAUUUCUGUUGAAUCUCUUGACUCCAACUCUUACAAUCAAUAUCUCAGUGUUGCGGUCUAUGUGGCUUCCUCUCUCAUUGAAAAACAACGUUUUGCCUUAUUGAUCUCCCAUCCUCAAGAUUUGUUCGAACAAGUGUCAGCAGAGACAUGUGUAUUCAGUACCGAACUUCCAAUAGAAACCUCCGUGGGAGUGUAUAUUGGUAUUGCGAUAGGAAUCAUUCUCUUCUUAGCAAUUGUUAGCGGUUUGGGAGUGGCUGCCUACUUUUUAAUCAACUCUUACAUGGUCCGAAAAAACUUAUUACGCCACAUGAGGUUAGCAUCCCAUAACCAGGAUGAACCCAUGUCAGAAUUUAACUAUUACAAGAGAUAA